ACCCCCCCCCCCCUAGAGUCUAGUCCUCUUCAAGAAGUCUACACUUUCCGAUCGGAAUCCCGACGCCUCAGUGGGCCCACUCCGGCCACCGGAUGGCUGAUGCGAGCCGUCCAAAAAUUCUAAAAAAAAAAUUGAGUGGGCCUGCGCGAGAAGCAACGGCAUCCGACGUGUUUGGUUCCAAACACUUCAUUUUUUGUAUAUAUAUACCGGCGGGGCGUCGGAAUUCCGAUCGGAUUCCCCGAUCGGGAACUGGAGCCUUACUCAGUCCUCUUCGCUCCACCACCUCAGUGACUUCAAAAUGUCAACGCACCACCUCCUCCAAGCUCUCUCUCUCCUCUUCUCUCUCCCUCUCCUCUCCGCCACUCCCCACCACCAACAAGACCAAGAAACCACCACUACCCCCAUAACCCGAUUCCAACAAUACCUCAGAAUCAACACCGCUCACCCAAACCCAGACUACUCCUCCGCCAUCUCCUUCCUCCAAUCCCAAUCCCAACUCCUCAACCUCACCGCCCACCUCCUCCACUUCUCCCCCUCCAAACCCCUCCUCCUCCUCACCUGGACCGGCUCGAAUCCCUCCCUCCCCUCCGUCCUCCUCAACUCCCACCUCGACUCCGUCCCCGCAGAGCCCUCCAAGUGGUUACACCCCCCUUUCUCCGCCUUCCGGGACCCCUCCUCAGGUCACAUAUAUGCCCGCGGCGCCCAGGACGACAAGUGCAUCGGCCUCCAGUACCUCGAAGCCAUCCGGGUACUCCAAUCUCAAUUCAAUUACAAACCCACAAGAACCAUCCACCUAUCUUAUGUUCCUGAUGAGGAGGUUGGUGGGUUUGAUGGGAUGAUGGCGUUUGUGAGGAGCAAAGAGUUUGAGGGUUUGAAUUUGGGGUUUGUGUUGGAUGAGGGACAGGCAUCGGUGGGGGAUGAGUACAGGGUUUUUUAUGCGGACAGGUCGCCGUGGCAUGUGGUGGUUAGGGCAACGGGGACGCCGGGACACGGGUCGAGGAUGUUUGAUGGUGGUGCGGUGGAGAAUCUGAUGAGGAGUGUUGAGGUGAUGAGUAGGUUUAGGGAGAAUCAGCUUGAUUUGGUCAAGGCCGGGCUGGCGGGGUAUUCGGAUGUUGUUUCGGUGAAUCCUGUGUAUUUGAAAGCCGGGAUUCCGACCCCUGAUGGUUUUGUGAUGAAUAUGCAACCGUCAGAGGCAGAAGCAGGAUUUGAUAUUCGGUUUUCACCGACGACUGACUCGGAUCUUUUGAAGAAAAAGAUUGCAGAUGAAUGGGCACCUGCUAGCAGAAAUAUGUCAUUUGAGAUAACUGAGAAAGGACCUCUAAGAGACUAUUUGGGGCGCCCCUUAAUGACAGCCACUGACAAUUCCAACCCUUGGUGGCCCAUUUUCAAGCAAGCGAUCGAAGCAGCUGGCGGAAAAUUAUCGAAGCCCGAAAUCCUGGCUUCAACAACUGAUGCACGGUUCACAAGGCAGAUGGGGAUUCCAACUCUUGGUUUCUCCCCAAUGAAGAACACCCCUAUCUUACUUCAUGAUCAUAAUGAGUUCUUGAAGGACACUGUGUAUUUGGAGGGAAUCAAGGUAUAUGUCUCUGUAAUCAAAUCUUUGAGUUCCUUUGAGGGAGCUGUUUCUCUUUAGUUAUCCAUCACAAGGAAGAUGAAAACCAAGAUUUGCAGGAGGCUUGCACGACGGGCUAUUAGUUCAAUGGUAGAGUGCCCCCUUGAUAAUUGUGUCAUUGUGCCUGGUCUAUGAGGGCUCUCAGCCACGUGGAUAGUUCAUUCAAUGUGCUCAUACUAAGUGGUGCAAAUAGGUGAAAUUCAGCAAAUUCGAUUGAGUUCUGCCUAUAUGAUCACUAGUUUCCACUCAACAUUUUUGUAUCAUCUUCCUGUCUCUUCAAAUUUGGUGGUUGUAUCAUAUAUGUUUGAAGACUCUUCGUUCCUCACUUUGUUCAGAACAAUUGCUUUGCAAUAAUGUACUCCUGAAGCACUUUGAAAUCA